AUGAGUUACGUACGAUCAGUAACAUCAAAAACCAGUAGUAUUUCAAAUGUAAAACCUUCAUUAUCAAGUUUACCAGAAUCAAAAUCUCGUCUACAAUCCAAACCACCAACUGUUCCUUCUAAUACUUCGAAAACAGAAAUCAAGAUGCAGUUAUCAUCGAUUCCUAGUCGAAAGGAUCUUGAUGAUAUUGUAGAUAAUCUGACAACUGUAGUCAAACGAUCACAACAAAUAUCAACGCCAAUUAAGUGUUCACAUGUAUCUAGAAAUGUUCGUCGAACAACAUCAUUGCAUAUAGCGAAUCGACAAAAUCUUUCAAACUCUUUUGUCAAAGCAUCUAACUCUCAUCAUGAGACAUUAACUGAUUCGAAUUUAGAUAUAUCUCGAUUGAAUGCGUCACGUCAUUCCUUACGAAAUCUUGAACGGUUUUCUGGUAUUAAAUGUUCGUUACCUUCAGCAACACCUACAGUACCCAAUACCUUCAAAGGUCUAGAAAAACAUACUACCCCAACUAAAACUAAACAAAUAAAUAUGUCGAUAUCAUCAAUUGAUAAUCCAAUAACACCAACGGCAACAAAUGGAAAAGUUAAAAGUCCAUGGCGAUUACGUUUCGAAAAAUUUUUAAAUCAUCAAGAACUCUCACCCUUAUCGUCGCCAAAUGAAACAAUUGCUUUUCAAACAGCUAAAACUUCAUCAUUGAAUAAAGAAAAUCGUACGCCAUCAUUUCGUCUUUCUACACGAAGAACAAGUAAAAUUCAUUCGAUUUCAAAAUCGAAUGACUAA